GACCGUGAGCCGGGACCUUAUUCCCCAGCGCAGCACCAAGUGUCCCUUGGAGACUGUCCCUUCUCACUCUGACCUGUCAAACUGGCGGGCAGCUCCUGUGAAAUCACCAGGAGCACACCUGCUCCUUAGUGCGGUUUGCCCCUUCGCUGACAUAAGGGCUGUUCCCACCGCCUCAGGAUUUUGGAGUGUGGUGCCAGUCUGGGCACCUCCAGCAACUGACUGUCGCGCUGGGACUCUGCCUUUCCUCAGCUCAGGACCAGGCACCCAGAAGUUUGCCUGGGAAGUUCUCUGUCCAGCAGUGCGACCUGGAAGCCCAGAUGAUCCUGUCGAACUCCACGGCGGUGAUACCCUAUCUGACCACGCUGUGGCGGGAGCUAGUUCAACAGGGCACCAACGCGUCCAGCCUGGUCCGCAGGUCUCCCGUCCGCGACGACAGCCAGCUGGCGGCGCUCUACAUCCUCAUGGUGCUGGGCUUCUUCGGCUUCUUCACCCUGGGCAUCAUGCUGAGCUACAUCCGCUCCAAGAAACUGGAGCACUCACACGACCCCUUCAACGUGUACAUCGAGUCGGACGUGUGGCAGGAGAAGGGCAAGGCCUUGUUCCAGGCCCGCGUUCUGGAGAGCUGCAGGGCGUGUCGCGUCAUUGAGAACCAGCUGGCCGUGGAACAGCCCAGCACGCACCUGCCCGGGGCGCGGCCUUCCGCGUGAGCCCCACAGCGCAGUUACAGCAGGACUGGCCCCCACGACAACCUGCGUUUCCUCGUGUUCUUUCUUGUCUGGGUGCCACUGGAUAUCUUUCGCUCUUUUAGGGGUGCAGGGUGGAUUAAUGACUCUUUCUAAAAUCGAAAUAGACCAUCCUUUAUUCCCCAACAUCCCUGCUGGCUUGUCAAAUCCUGCACAAUCCCUGACACCGCGGCCUUUCCCACGCACCCCCCCCUGCGGGCAAGGUCAGAGGACAGUCUGGCUAGGGGAAGGGGAGGUGAGGCAUGCAGUUUCCGAGUAAUCCUUGGGAAGAAAGACAGGCCCUCCACCGUCCUUGUCCCCCUUCUCAGUGACUGGGACUUGGACAGGUGAUGAGCAGCUGUCAGAGGGCAGAGUAAGGGUCUGGGGCCUGGGCCCGGCCAUGAAGCGCGAGUUCCUCCUGCACCACCCACCAAAUCAGGGUUCGCUGCACAGAACUUCGCUCCUCCUCAAGCCAGCGUGGCGUUGGUCCCCGUUGAAGCUGCAGAGUCAAUGUCCCUCCUAAUGCCCCACGACUCUGCUUCCAUCUGCUCCUGUUGCUGCUGUGCUCUGUCCUCCUCCCACCCUCCCACCACCCUCUCUCCCUAACAUCCACCUGCCCUUCAAGUGGCCCUCCCCCAAACAGACACCACACAUCCUCAGAGGCACAGACACACCUUUCCUCCACACACGUCUCAGUCUAGGAGGACCCUCUUCCUGUAGGAUCGAGAUAGAGGAGGACAAAAGCCCCUUUCAGAAUAUGCACCACUGGAAAGGUGCUCAGUUACAUCAGAUGGAGAGGUGUCCCCACCCCGAGGAGCCCCCGGGGAGGAGUGGGUGUGGGCACUGCCACACGUGGGGCCGAGGUGGCAGGAUCAUUGGGGAUGAACUGGCAGUUUUGUGGCCUCCCCAAAGAUAUGCUGACGUCCUAACCCUGGUACCUGUGAAGGUGACCUUUGGGAAGAUGAGGUCACUGGAGGGGCCCUAAUCCAAUAGGACUGGUAUUUUUAAGAAAAGGGAAAUUUGGACAGAUGCAGGGAGAGUGCCAUGGGGUGACAGUGACAGAGUGGACCCCUGCAGCUGAAAGCCAAGGACCCCCAGGAUUGAUGGCCCUGACAAAAGCUGGGGAGGGGCAAGGAAGACCCCUCCCUCCAGGCUUCCCUGGAAGCAAGGCCCCGCCCACACUGCACCUGCAGACUUCUGGGGCCUGAGGCAGACUCCACCUUGUGGUCCAAGCCCCCAGCUUGGGGCAUUUGGUGACUGCAGCCCUGGGAAACUCGUGCAGCGCCUCCCACCCCUCCCUGGGGACAGAGCUGCCCCCACACCCCUCCCUGCAGACAAGAGGUGGGCAGGGGGGUGCACCUGGAGGAGCUGGGCACUGACCUCCUCUAGUGCCAGGGAAGCAGCUCUCCUGGGUGUCAACCUUCUCCAGCUGCCACCCAGAGCAUGGGACCCUCUGCCCUGGGACAUCCUGAAAUCCCCUCUGCCUGGACAGUCCUGGAGAUUAUGGAAGAUUUAAGUAAAAUAUGAUUUUUAAAGCCCCGGAUGUAACAAAUGAGAAGCGGCACACAGGCUUCGAGGACAUCCUCAGACAGCUCUGGCUCCCCCAGUUCCAGUCCUCAUUGCACAUAGUGAACAGGACUCCUCUGUGAGGCCACCUGGCACGUGUCAGCCUGAGUUACUACCGUCCUGGAGAUGCGUGAAUCUGUGGGUCCCAGAGGCCUUUCAGAAUCCAGGCAAGCCAGGAUCCUCCCGCACCCCAGGUGCACACAGGUGUGACACUUUGCCUGCUGACCUCACAGGUGGGGCUCCGGGCCACGGGAGCCUGGCUUCGGCUGCUGGCAUCUCACGGCCCCUGUGUGAGCCAGACCCUGGUUCAGAUCACUGUGUGUUGCCCACACUGAAGGAAAGGAGUUUGGAGAGGGACUCAGAGAACUUGUGACUGCAGUGUGACCCUUGAUAGCAAGACGCACGGCUCCUCGUCACCAGUUCACUUACCCACUGGGAUUCCCGUGCCUCUUAAGGCAGGGGGAGAUCUGGGGGCGUUAGCCCUCCCUCCCUUAAAGGUCCAGGCAUCUCGCCCACUGCCCACUCCUGGGACCACACACCUCUUAUCUCUGCCUCCCUCCUCUCACCCUGGGCUUAAAGGGACAGGGGGAAAGAUGAGGGGGGGGUGGUCAGUUGAGCCACAUUCCUUACAUUUUAAAUUUUGAUUUCAUAUACAUCAAGUGUUUGCUACAUGCCAGGUGCUGUUCUCAGCAAUUUACCAAUAAAACUCCACGACUAUUUUGCAUGUAAUAUGUCAUGUGUCCAUUGGAUAGGAUGACCCUGCU